AUGUCAGUACAAGUGGAAAAGUCAGAACGAAAACUUUUCGAAGCGGCUUAUCAUGCACUGAUCGGUGACUCAACGAAACUGGUAGAUCAGAAACAAUUGUUCGAGAUCAUCGUUGCGGCAGGAAAAGAUUUGCGGCGCAAUCAACUGGACAAAUGGAUUCAGCCAAGUCAACGUAAUUGUUUAUCGCUUCAGUUGAUGUAUAUAUGCUAA